AUGGAGACGACCUUGUUUGAAAAGGCCAUGUUAGGGAAAUGGGAUGAGGUCGUCAAUAUAUGUACGGAAAAUCCAUUGGCUCUAGUCUCCAGCAUCACCAGGUUACAGGACACAGCAUUACACCUAGCUGUCUCCGACGGCCAAGAACAGACGGUCCGGAAACUGACAGAGAUCAUUGCGGAGCAACCAAAUCCAGAAAUGGUUCUUGGAGUUGCAAACAAGAGAGGGAACACUCCUCUCCAUUUUGCUGCAUUGAUGGGGAAUGUGGCCAUGUGUAAGUGCAUAGCAGUGGUUGAUACUUCAUUGAUUGCUCUUCGAAAUCAUGAGGGAGAGACUCCUCUUUUCAUGGCUGUUCUCUUUGGUAAAAGAGAAGCUUUCCAAUGUCUUGCCCAGAUGCUUACGUUGGAUGAGGUCUAUAGUUGCUCUAGGAGGAAGAAUGGUGACACAAUCCUUCACAGCGCCAUUUCAGGAGACCAUUUUGAUUUGGCAUUGCACAUAAUUAAACUGUUUGGAGAAGUACUGGUAAACGCCGUCAAUGAGGAAGGAAUUGCUCCUCUCCAUCUACUAGCCGAAAAGCCUUCAGCUUUCCGAAGCGGGAGCCGCCUUGGACUUUUCAAAAGAAUCAUUUAUCAUUGCAUAUAUGUUAUUAAUGAUGAGCACAAGGACGUGGUACCACACGACUAUUAUGAUCCCCAGCUCCCUAUGCUACCGGUAGAUCAAGGACGUCCCAAACAUGAAAGGAAUCGGCCAAAUUAUCCCGACAACUACAGAACAUGCGUCAACUUCUUUCGACUGAUGACAAAGAGCACCAGCUGUGGCCAGAAUAGAGCUAUGAGUACGGUUCAGUACCAUACCGGCUUUAGCAUGCCGUUUAAUGCAAUUACCGGGCUUUAA